AGACAGACAGACAGACUGACGAUGUUAUUUCCAUCAUUGCUGGUGCUUGGAUGGUUUUUGGUCGUCAGCAGUGCCGAGAAAGAAAUCAUCAUAGUCUCCCCUGGCAAGCGCGCUCCUCUGUCGGAUGACGUCCAAAGUGAAAUCAUCAACGCUCACAACAACUUCAGAAAAGGCGAAGGAUCGUCAAAUAUGAAGAAAAUUAAAUGGAACAGCGUGCUGGCUGAGAUGGCAGACACCUGGGCAAGCAGCUGCAGUUUCACCCACGGCCAACCGAGCUCACCGAGUUCUCCCUUCCCCCAAACAGGGCAGAACCUCUUCGCCACCACCGUCCAGGCUGUCAACGUCUCCAGCUACAUCAGCAGCUGGUACAAGGAGAAGGAAAAGUUUGACAGCGUCACUCAGACCUGCGCUGCUAAGGCUGUCUGUGGACAUUACACCCAGGUUGUAUGGGCAGCGACCUCAGACGUAGGCUGCAGUUAUGCUCUCUGUCCAACUCUCCCGCCAACUAAACUGACCAAUGCCUAUUUCUUCGUGUGCAAUUAUGGACCCGCAGGGAAUUUCGUCGGUCAAAAACCCUUCAAGAUUGGAUCUGCGUGUGCUGAUUGCUCGGACGCGUGCACGGACGGCCUCUGCAAUUAAUCGCAGAAGUAGUUGCACGUCCAACUGGUACAAGGCAAAUCGAACAAAUUAAUCAUUAAUGCUCUCUCAAAUUUCAUCAAACAUUUCAUAAAUUAUUUAACCGUGAACUGAACAUUUGAUUAAUUAUAUCAAAUUUUAUAUCUCAAAUUUAAUCAAGCAUUUGGAUAUUUCAAACUUUCGGACACAAAAUUAAAUUAUUAUUCAUUGAAUUAAUAAAUAACUUAAUGCAUGCAA